AUGCUCGGCCACGACCACGAAGGCCUUACCGAGCGCGUGCGACACCGCAGAGGGGAGGACGGGGAGCCAGACGCCGAACAGAACAAUUCGUUCGUGAAUAAGAAUACUUCUACAAAGAUCGAAAAGAUGAUUGCGCCGUAUCUCGCCGAGCACAUACCCCAGCAAUACAAUCCGCUGGGCGGUGGCGGAGAGCAGCAUGCCCAUGGCCGCUCAAACACAAAGUUCUGCUACCGCCAUCGACCCGACAUGCUGUGUAGGAAGCAAGCAGACGAGCCGACCAUGGAGCAGCUGCAACAGGAAUUGGGGAGAGAAUCGCAAAACGACCAGCAGAGCAUCGCCAACGUUUGGUCGCUCUUCUCCGCUGCCCCUGCCAGACAAAGAAACCUUAUGCUUCAAGGCAUUCUCUCGACGUGCUGCUUCCCCCAGCUAUCCUUCAUCUCAUCCAACGUCCGCAACCUCAUCAAGAUUGACUUUCUCUCCGCACUCCCACCCGAGCUAGGCUUUAAAAUCCUUUGCUACCUCGACACUACUUCCCUGUGUAAAGCCGCACAAGUGAGCCAGCGUUGGAGACAAUUGGCAGACGAUGAUGUCGUAUGGCACAAGAUGUGCGAACAACACAUUGACAGGAAGUGUACCAAGUGCGGUUGGGGCCUGCCAUUGCUAGACCAACGGAGACUCCGGACAGAGAAGAGACGCAUCCAACUGCGCGCUUCCGGCCGAGGACUGAACGAGUGGUCACCCGAUAUCACCCCUGCCGUUGAUGGCCCUGCACCGCCAGCGCCUCUAGUACCCCACAACUCGGACCUUUCCGAAACUACCGCUGGAUCUAAACGCUCUGCUGAGGAUGACCCUUCAUCGCCGGAGGCGUCAUCUAAGCGACCUUGCACCAUGCAAUCGUCACUGCGAGAUCAACAGGCAUCGUACUUCGACCAGCCGAAGAAGAGGCCGUGGAAGGAUGUUUACAAGGAUCGUUUCAAGGUAGGCACCAACUGGAAGUAUGGUCGUUAUUCUACGCGUGUCCUUAAAGGACACACAAAUGGUGUCAUGUGUCUUCAAUUCGACGAGCAGACACUCAUCACCGGAUCUUACGACAACACCAUCAAAGUCUGGGACAUCAACACAGGCACCGAAAUCCGCUCUCUCAGUGGCCAUCGACUUCCCGUACGGUGUCUACAAUUCGAUGAUGCGCGUCUGAUCACCGGUAGCUUAGAUGGUACCAUGAAGGUGUGGGACUGGAAGACUGGCGAAUGCAAGACGACCAUCCCGGCUCACGAGGCAGGAAUCAUUGGACUGCACAUGGCAGACAAGCUUCUUGCCUCGGGAUCUGCGGACCAUACCAUCGCAGUCCAUGACCUCGGUACGAAGCAAAAGUUCAGAUUGCGGGGACACGAGGACUGGGUCAACUCUGUCAAGAUCGAUCUUCCUUCUCGCACACUAUUCUCCGCUUCCGACGACCAGACUGUCAAACUUUGGGACCUCGAGACCAGGACCUGCAUUAAGACAUUCGAAGGCCACGUUGGUCAGGUCCAACAAGUUCUUCCCCUCCCCAGGGAGUUCGAGAUUGACGAGGCGGAUUUCGUCCCCAACGCCAAUAACGGCUCUGACACGGCAUCGCUCGCUUCGGAGAACCUAUACUCUAGCUCUCAAGAGACCUUCACCACUGAAACUCUCUUCCCGAAUGAACCAGACAGACCUGCGCCACCGACGUACAUGCUCACCGGAUCGCUCGAUGGAACGAUCCGCCUCUGGCACGUUCCUUCUGGCCGUACCAUUCACCGCUUUUUCGGUCACAUUGAAGGCGUCUGGAGCCUCGCUGCCGAUAGUCUACGUCUGGUCUCCGGAGCCGAAGACAAACUAAUCAAGAUCUGGGAUCCUCGUACCGGUAAACACGAACGUACAUUGUCUGGACAUGAGGGUCCCGUCAAUUGCGUAGGUCUGAGUGAUUCCCGAUUGAUUAGUGGCAGUGAAGAUGGCACCGUGAGGGUGCAUUGCUUUGUUAGCGAAGGGUGA